AUUUCAGAUUCGCCCCGUCGCCCAGAGGGGACUCAUGAGCUGGAGGGAGAGGAGGACUUGAGUCCCGAGGAGAAGCGGGUCCUGGAGAGGAAGAUGAAGAAGAUCUUGAAAAAGGAGGAGAGGAAGAGGCUUAAAGCUGAGGGAGAGACCUCAGAGAAAACUGAAACAGCUGGACCCAGUGCACCUCAGCAGGCCUUAGAUUACCUCACCUGCUGGGCUGAAACCCGAACAAAGUGGAAGUUCCAAAAGACCAGGCAGACGUGGUUACUGCAGCACAUGUUUGACUCCGAAAAGAUUCCAGAUGAGAAGUUCUCCUUGCUGCUUGAGUACCUGGAGGGGCUUCGUGGAGCAGCCAAAGACACCACAGUGCAGAAGGCCUUAGCCCUGGUUGAAGAGUCGGGACAAGCACCAGAGGACACAGUUGUCCAGCAGAGGGCGCACAGAGCCAAAGAAGUUAUCCAGCUGCUCUCCUGAACCCACCACCAUCAGGGAAAGGCAUGAGGUCCACCAGAAAAAGACUGAUGUUUGUUGAUCAGUGGACUGAAUGAAUGCCCUGGUCUCAAGCAAGGACUAAAAAGUUUUGUUUUAUAUGUAAUUUUCAGGAACAGUCCUUUGGGGAAAAGUAUUUGUUUUGAUUAAAUUACCAGUAUUGCUCACA